GGCGGCUGAUUUUGUCUGGCUUGUAUUUCUCAGAAGCUUCGCCACUCGCCAAAUUGACAGCAGACGCUUUUUAUACCAUCCCUCUUAUCAUCUCCACAGAGUUUAUUCUUCCAUUUCAGAUCUCUCUCCACAAUCUCCUCCAGGUAUCUCGCAUGUAAUUCUCUGUUCACUCAACCUGUUACUCUUCUGUUUCAUGGUACUCUGUUUUGAUAUGCAGAACAUUUGUCUUCAUCUUUAAGCUUCUGGGUAUUCUUUAGUUUUCUUAAUUGGUUCUCCUGGUAAAGUUUGACUCUUCUUCAGCAUAGUUCUACUAGGUUUGCUGAUAAGUUGAUUUUUUAAUCUGGGUAUUAGAGAUUCCUUGCUUCUUUACUGGAUUUUGCCUAGUGUGUUCUUGAAUUGAUUGUGUCUAAUUGGGGUUGUCUGGGUAUUCUUUGAUUCUUCAGUUGAUUCAGAACUAGUUUGCUGUUGGGUUUUGAUUUUUUUAGGGUAUCUGGGUAUUCAAGUUCUGCUUUGUUCUUUACCAAAAAUCACCUAAUUUUGCUCUUGAAUUUUGAUUGUUUGUUGGUUCUGGUAUUCUUUUAUUCUUGAACAGAGCUAAACUUUCCCCCUUUUUGGGCUAUAGAUAUAAAGGAGUGGGUGGUAGAUAAGAGUGUAGGAUAAUAAGUUUUAUAAGUAAUUUUAUGGAUACCGUUCUACACGUAUACCCUAGCUCCUUAAAUGGAUUCAAGAUGGACCCAAGCUCCAUGUCUUCGUGUUCAAAUCAGAUUCUUGUUAAUGGAGACAGACCUAGUCAGGGAAUCGUAGAUCUUGAUUCUUCUUCCCCUGAAUCCAAUCCUCAAGCUUCUUCUAUUGAGUCAUUAUCUCCAUCUUCGAGCACAAGCUUGGAUGGGGAUCAUCCAGAUAACAGUCACUUUGCUCAUGUUGUUCUCAAAUACAUAAACGAGAUGCUAAUGGAAGAAGACUUAGAAGGACAGCCAUGUAUGUUGCAGGAUUGUUUAGCCGUACAGGCAGCAGAAAAGUCCUUCUAUGAAGUCAUUGGUCAAAAGUAUCCUCCUUCUCCUGACCGUCUUUCGCCUCAAUCACUCUAUCAAAGUGACAAUCACCCAGAUGAUAAUAUCCUUGGAUCUAGCUCUAGUGAUAGUUGUGAUGGCUAUAUUGCUGCCAGCAACUCGAUGGAGUCCCAUUGGAUGCACAGUGAAGGUAAAUUGGAAGCCUCCCAUUUACAGGCUUCUUUUACAGACUCUCCUCAGAAUUUUACUUCAUUACCAGACUUAGAAAAUUGUGAUUGUAUGCCUUUUGCACCAAAAAGCAAUCUAUUAAGGCCUCCAGAGCUAGGGAAAAGGUAUCAAUCUCCCAGUGGAUCAAGAGGAAGGAAAAGUUACCAGCGUGAUGAUGGUGGUUAUCUUGAAGAAGGGAGGAGCAGCAAGCAAUCAGCACUCUCUCUUACAGAAUUGGAGCAAUCGGAGAUGUUUGAUCAGGUAUUGCUGUGUAAAGGAGAGAAUGAACAGAUUGUCUCUGGUUCUCUUCAUGAAAAGUUGCAGUCAAAUCAAAGAUCAAAAGGGAAAACGCGCACAAAGAGACAAGGUAAGAAAAGAGAAGUGGUAGAUUUGUCAACUCUCCUAAUGCAAUGUGCUCAAUGUGUAUCUAGCUUUGAUCAAAGGACUGCAACCGAGCUACUUAAGCAAAUAAGGCAGCACUCUAGUCAGUUUGGUGAUGGAACGCAGAGAAUGGCCUUUUAUUUUGCUAAUGCCCUCGAAGUACGCAUGGCUGGUGCCAAGACACCAGUCUACUCACCUAUUCUAAGUUGCAAAACAUCUGCAGCUGAAAUCCUUCAGGCUUACGAAGUGUAUGUUACAGCAUGCCCCUUCAAGAAAAUGUCCAAUUUCUUUGCAAACAAAACAAUUGUGAAGCUGGCAGAAAAAGCAACAAGGCUUCAUAUUAUUGAUUUUGGCAUUCUUUACGGUUUCCAGUGGCCCUGUCUUAUCCAGCGUCUCUCAUCGAGGCCUAAUGGGCCCCCAAAUCUUCGCAUCACGGGCAUUGAACUUCCACAACCAGGUUUCCGGCCUGCAGAGAGGGUUCAGGAGACAGGACAUCGCUUGAAAAGGUAUUGUGAAAGAUUUAAUGUUCCAUUUGAAUAUAAUUUCAUAGCAAAGAAAUGGGAAACUAUCAAACUUGAGGAUCUCAAGAUCGAUAGAGAUGAGACAACUGUUGUUAAUUGUUUGUACCGGAUGAAGAACAUUCCUGAUGACACAAUGGUGGUGAAUUCCUCAAGAGACACUGUUAUGAAGUUGAUCAAGGAAAUAAAUCCUGAUUUAUUCGUGCAUGGUGUUGUCAACGGAACAUAUAAUGCUCCUUUCUUUGUCACAAGGUUCCGGGAAGCACUCUUUCAUUUUUCUUCCCUGUUUGACAUGUUUGAAGCUACUGUACCUCGUGAAGACCAACAGAGGAUGAUGUUUGAGAGAGAGGUAUUUGGUAGGGAUGCAAUGAAUGUCAUUGCAUGUGAGGGCACUGAGAGGGUCGAAAGGCCAGAGACCUACAAGCAAUGGCAGGUUAGGAACUUGAGAAUGGGGUUCAGGCAACUUCCAUUGGAUCAUGAGAUUUUGAAAAGAGUAAAAACAAUGGUGAAAUCUAGUUAUCAUGGUGAUUUUGUGAUUGAUGUGGAUGGUAACUGGAUCAACCAGAAGGGACAUCCACAAGAAUAUCAUGCUUAA